UUACAUCCACCUCUAGCGAUUUAGGCGAAAACGCAAACGGCUGUCAAUUUUAGUUUGUUAUUUUAUUGCAAAAUGUGUUUUGUGUCUUGAUUCUUAAUUUAUAGCCAUGAAACUAUCAAUGAAAUACUACGGGAUUAUAUAAAGUAACGUAAUAAAUCAUAACGUGUACAUUUGAAGUUAUUUUGAAUUAAGAUAACCUUAGAAUUUCCAAUGUUUACAAUGCUGCUGCCGAUUUGCACGCAUUUCUAGCCAUGGAUCCACGUGAUAACAAUGAUUCUUUUGGAAAAAAUGUUGAUAGGGUCGGUGAAAGUAAGGGCACCAAAAGUUGUAAGGAUAAUACUAAACAAUGUGACCGUGGGGAUGUGUUUAGUGCAGUGUCAAACCAGCCAGGAACUUCGGCCUCGAACGGGCCGCUCGCUGGAGUCGUGAACUCUGUGCUCAAUGACAACCGGGCGCCGGCUGCUCUGAGCGGCACCAACCCGGAAUACGGCCGGGACGCAGCCGCCCCCGGCUCAUCACAUACUGGCUCCAACACUAACACCAACCCUCUCAAUCAGCAAGAGCCUACCGUUAGUAGGAUACCUAAGACAUGUAGUAAUACCCCUGAAACUGAACAAUCAUGUCAGAGGCACAAGGUGUGCCUUGACAAAGUAGCAAAUAAUUUCAAUGUCCCAUCUACAAGUGGAGCAAGUAAACCCUGUGAUAAAAUUGACAACAGUGCUUUCAAAGAAAGCAGAAAACGACCUUCAAGCUUAAGAUUAAACAGACAAAAUGAUGAUGAGGAGGAGAGCUCGAGUGAUACUGGCAAUGAUGACUGCUCACUGGGGUCAGAGGAUGGUUGUGUGUACACUUACAGGGGAGGAGAACAUUUGGCAGAUUUGCCAAGUUCCUUCUUCAGUUUGGACAUGGGACUGCCUCUAGACAUGCACCUCCCAGCUCAACCUAACUAUGUACCCAGACCAGAAGCAGUUGGCCCUGUUGUGAGGGAGAGAUCUCGGGAGUCCAGCCCUGAUAUGGACUUCUUGGAGAUGGAUUUUGAUCCCGGACCCUCCAAUGAAGUAGAUUCAGGAGAGGAACUCAGUCCAGAUGAAUUAAAUGCUGACUUGGAGGCUGGAGAAGAAAUGAUUGAGGAAAUUGCAGAAGUAUUAGGCAACAGACAAAGUCCAGGGUUUAAUUUAGCUGGUAGCAGGCCCAAAUCAUCAUCAUGUGAAGCAUUGAAUGUGUCAUCCUUCAUGAGCUGUCAACAACCGGAACCUAUGCCAUCUACGAGUAGUGGUAUAACUAGAGCUGUUGUGGAAUUAAAGCCAGAGCCGCAGGCAUCAGGGUCAAGGUCAGGAUUGGUGGCCACUACUAGUGAGCCGUGUGGGUCAGUUAUUACGCACAUCAAUGUCCGCGGAGAACACUUGUUAGUGCGACGGACUACAUCACAAACUGUACCAAAUGUACCUGUAAGUCUCCAUGUGUCCAGUGGGGACCUGGUCUCCCCUAGAGAAUUACUAAAUCAAGAGGAGCAACCAGAAGAAGGGCACCUGUCCUACCAGAUCAACCAGGGAGAGCGGCCCACGUUCGACCCGCUGAACCUCUCGUCCACGCUGUACCACCUCAACAUGGCCAAGAGGCUGAUGGUGGAGGGGACUGCGGCUGAAAUUGAAAACAAUGACAUUGCUAAUUUUGCGCGCGACACGGGCGCUGCCGGGGCGGGCGACGGGGCGGAGGGGGUGGAGGGGGUGGCGGCGCCGCGCUGCAUGGUGUGGACGGAGCGGGAGGCGUGCGAGCGGCAGGUCACGCAGAUCGCCACCUCGGCCUGUGGCGCCACCGCCGUGGUCAACGUGUUUAUAGCGCUGGGCGCGCCCGUCAACGUGGAACGCAUCAACGCGGCUGUCGGCACGAGACAGCGAGCCAACCACGCGCCGCUGGCGAGGUACCUGCUAACGCGAGCAGUAGCCGGCUGUACGGCAGCGGACCUGGUGAGCGGCAUCCAGCGCGCGUCCGACGGGCUGGUGACGGCGCGGUUCUUCCCCACGCACCCCGAGCGGGUCGUGUCGCUGUCGCACUGGCUGGCUGACUGGAUCUCGCUGGGAGCAGUCCCAAUUCUGACAUUAAACCUGCAAGUGGGCGCAGAAGGUGAAACCCCAGACGCGUGGCACCAUCAGAUGGUGUUCGGAGUGUCAUCCCGAGGCAUCUACCUCUGCAACCCCGUCGAGUGUGUGAGGGAGAGCGCGCUAUGGCCGCGUCUGGCCUCUCCCUCUAACCUGUUGAUACGGACCAGGGAUGUGCUACAGAGGUUCACUCCGAGGACGGAUCUGACGCCGCUGAUGGCCGUGCCUGAUCGCAGGUGGCAUACGGCUAAUGUUUUAGGUCAAGUAGUGAACGUGAUCCGUGAGUGGCGCGCCACAGGCUGGUCCGAACACGGCGUGAGAACGCGUCACAUCUCCAUCCCGGCGUCCUACCAGGCGGGGGUCACCAUCGCCGCGCUCACUGGCUCCGAGGCUCACAGGAGACUGAUGCACGCUAGCCAACUGCCACUGUUGUAUGAAGAUGGACACUCGCCAAGUAAGUGAGGGAUAGAGCGAGCUACAGAGCGGAGGUGAAAGCAGGAUGGCUGUAUAUUUUGGAGAUGGACACUCCUCAAGUAAGGGAGGGAUAGACGAUACACGUUGGAGUGGAAAGCAGGAUGGCUGCAUGUUUUCGUAGAGAUGCAGGUUGUCUCUUUGUCAUUGAUAGAUGGCGCCAUGGUGUGAUGGGUGUAGUUUUACAUAAUAUUGAAGGUCCACUCAAAAGGAUAAGGAGAAUGUGAUUAUGAUAAGAUAGUCACACAAUUCGUGACUUUUUGGUAUUUAAAGGUAUUUGUGAUGAAUUUGAGGAUAUUUGAAAAUGCGUUUUAAAACGCGUGUAUUUUUUCCGGGCUGUUUUCGUGAGGUGGUCUUAUGAUAUUGAUGUAGGGAAAAAGAAAGUAAAAGUAAAUUAAAGUAUUUUACUGGAAGUAAGUUCAGAAUAUACCUACCAAUAAUAUAUGGUUGAUAUUUGAGCUUUUAAUAUUUUGAGUAUAAAAAGAAUAUUACGAUGUAAAUAUGUAUGUACUAAUAUUUUUUGUCAGUGUAAUUUUGUAUGUAUACUUACAUAAAGCCAUGAUACGUUCCUUAAAAAAAUUGCACUCAAGUUUGUUUUUUUAGAAAAAGGAAGCUUUAUUGUAAAGCUAGUAGCAUUAUGAAUUUGUCAAGUGUAAUUAAAACAAACAGCAGUGUUAAACGCUCUGGUAUUUAGAAUUAUAACUAGGUACAUAUUUUCCAUCAAAUUCUUAAUCUUUAUUGGUACGUGUCCCGCGUGCCAUAUAUGUCUUCCCAAUGUUCCCACUUCACCACCAAUUGUUUAUAAAAUAACA